CCGCAACAGUUGUGUGAUUCUGGUGACCUCUGCUUCACUCCCCCAAGGCUGUAAGAAGUGAUUUGUAUUCGAAAAAGAUGAAUCUUGACUAUGAUGACUUAAAGCGUAUGCAUUCCGGAGUGAGCAAACAAGAAAGGGAUAAGAUUCUCAGAGGUUUUAUAAAGCGCGUUGAUGCUACAUUGGCUUUGCAUAAGCAUGUUCCUUUGAACAGAUUCUCACUUAAGUGUAUGGAUGAUGUUGGACCAGCUCCUGUCAUUGGUUGGAUAACCAAUGUGUUGAAACGUCGUGUAUCAGAAAUGGUUCUGGACAUCUCUUCGUGUUGGGCUUGGCCUAUGUCUGCAGCUAUUGUUGGGUGCGAGACUAUGGUUCAGGAAUUUUGGGAAUCUUGCUCUGUUUCUAGCACCAGCCUCAAUAGACUAACUUUCCGUUUUCGGCAAAUGUUCUUAGAUAAUCACAAGAGUGUGUCCUUUGAUACUCCUAAUCUCCUAUACUUGGAGUACUCUGAUGUUAUAGCGGACAAGUAUCCAAAAGCAAAUUUUGAUUCACUUGUUGAAGCUCGUCUCGAUCUUCAAAUGACACAUGAUCAGAUCCAUGAGGCGAAAUUUGCAGGAGAUGAUUUAUCUACGCAUGAAGGGUUGGUUGGUAAUGCAACUGUUUUCUUUAUGGGAAUUUGCAAUGUUAAGGCCCUUUACUUAUCUGACAGCACUCUUGAGGUACUCGCUUUCUGCUGUGAGCCAAUGCCGGUUUUCAACAACCUGAUUAAGCUAACUGUUAAGACUGACCGACAUGUAGGAUGGGAAUCAUUAACGACUCUACUCAAGAACAGUCCUAAUCUAGAAACCCUCGUCUUUGAAGGACUUCUCCACAGAGAUGGAAUGAAAUGUCAAAGUGACGAGUGCCUGUGCAAACCUUGGGAGGUGGAGGAUAUUCCCACUUGUCUAUCAUCAAGUCCUGUGAAGAUCCUAAAGAUACUGAAGUUUGGAGAUAUCUAUGAAGAUGAGGACAUGGACAGAAUGAUGGAGCAAGUUGAGUACUUCCUUGAGACAAUGCCGAAUCUUGAACAACUCAUAAUUCAUUAUGAAACCUCAAUUGACGAAGAUGUGGAGGAAGUAUUAAGCCAAUUUCAGAUGGUUCCUAGGGAAGGUUUAACCAAUUGCCAGAUUCAAGUAAUCUCUGAUAACAUCCACUUGUCAUCUAUUUAAGCAUGUUUCCUUUUCGUCGGUGAAAUGGAUUUCUCGUUUCUUGUUAUUCAAGUUUUUAGGAUUCACUCAUGCUUCUUUUUACCAUCUCAAAGCCAUGAAUGUGUCUCGGCUUUAAGUUUGUAAGAGUAGUAUCUAAUGACUUGUAUUUUAAUUAUGCUUUUGUCGGUUAGACCAA